GAGAUCGCCAGGCCCCUAUAUGAAGCUACCAAAGAGGGGAAAACAUUUAAAUGGGCUAAAAAAGAAGAAACUGCCUUUAAUCAGUUAAAAAGGGCCCUCCUAAGUGCCCCAGCCCUGGGCCUACCGGACAUUACGAAGCCCUUCCACCUCUUUGUAGACGAGCAUAAGGGAAUAGCAAAAGGAGUUCUAACUCAAGCCUUAGGCCCCUGGAACCGUCCAGUGGCUUACCUGUCUAAGAAACUAGACCCAGUGGCUGCCGGCUGGCCGCCAUGCCUAAGAAUUAUUGUGGCGACAGCACUCCUAGUCAAGGAUGCAGACAAACUGACCCUAGGACAGGAGAUCUGGAUCACGACCCCACACGCCAUUGAAGGGGUCCUGAAACAGCCUCCGGAUAGAUGGAUGAGCAAUACACGUAUGACUCAUUACCAGAGCCUCCUACUCAACCCUCCACGAGUGCGGUUCCACCCCAGUGCAGCCCUCAAUCCUGCAACCCUGCUGCCCGACCCUGACCUAGGUGCUCCAUUACAUGACUGUGCGGGAAUCCUGGAACAAGUACAUGGAUUCUGGACGGACCUGACCGACCGGCCCCUCCCCGGUGCUGAGGCUACUUGGUUCACUGAUGGCAGCAGCUUUGUGCGAGACGGACACAGGUAUGCGGGUGCAGCGGUGGUCACCGAAACCGACACCGUAUGGGCGGAGGCUCUACCCUCCGGAACAUCAGCCCAGCGAGCAGAGCUCAUAGCCCUCACCAAGGCGCUGAUGCUGGGAGCUAGAAAACGGCUCAACAUCUACACAGACAGCCGUUAUGCAUUUGCCACAGCUCAUAUUCAUGGGGCAAUUUAUCAGGAGAGGGGGUUACUGACGGCAGAAGGACGGACUAUAAAAAAUAAGCAGGAGAUACUUAACCUGCUUACGGCCUUAUGGCUUCCUGCCAAGCUAGCCAUUAUCCACUGCCAAGGGCACCAAAAAGCUGAUAACCCAGUAGCUAGAGGUAAUCGAAAGGCUGACCAGGCAGCCAAGGCAGUAGCCCUUACUCCAGUCCCCACCAUGACCAUACAACUACCAGACCCGGGAGACCCAGUUUUACCAGACCAGCCCAAGUACUCCCAGGAGGAGUUACAGCGGAUCAAGAAACUCCCCAUGGCCCAGGAGAUAAAGGGAUGGUGGUAUACACCUAACAAGGAACUCGUGUUGCCAGACCAGCUCGGAGUCUCAAUAUUAGAGCACAUGCAUCGGUCUACUCACAUGGGGGCCCGAAAAUUAAAAGACUUAAUCCGACAUGCCGGAAUUAAGAUUCACCAACAGGACACCAAAAUAGAGCAAGUUGUAUCUGCCUGCAAGACCUGCCAACUCACCAACGCGAGGGCCACAUCAAAUAAAAAAGGAACCAGGCUCAGAGGCACCACACCGGGAGCCCAAUGGGAAGUCGACUUCACUGAAGUCAAACCAGGAAAGUAUGGUUUUAAAUAUCUUUUAGUAUUUACAGACACCUUCUCUGGCUGGGUGGAGGCAUACCCAACCAAGCAUGAAACGGCUCAGACGGUGGCUAAGAAGCUACUAGAAGACAUCUUACCCAGGUAUGGUUUUCCUGCCCUGGUAGGAUCAGACAAUGGACCAGCUUUUAUCUCGCAGGUAACACAGGCAGUAGCCAAGGCGGUGGGGGCAAACUGGAAAUUACAUUGUGCUUAUAGGCCCCAGAGCUCAGGACAGGUAGAAAGAAUGAAUAGAACCCUAAAAGAGACCCUUACCAAAUUAACCAUGGAGACUGGUGGGGACUGGGUGACUCUCCUACUGUACGCCCUUUACCGGGUUAGAAACACUCCUUACACUCUGGGUUUUAUUCCCUACGAGAUCAUGUUUGGCAGGCCACCCCCUGUUAUUCCCAGCCUUCUAGCUGAACUUAUUGCUGAGUUUAAAGAUCAAGAACUUUUUCUUUCCUUGAGCGGGCUCUAGAGGGCGCACGAGGACAUUUGGCCGCGACUCCGUGCCAUCUACGAGGCUGGCCGGAUCCAGACACCUCAUCAGUACAGGCCGGGAGACUGGGUCUACGUCAAGAGGCACCACCGAGAGACUCUCGAGCCGCGCUGGAAGGGACCCUACAUCGUGGUGUUGACAACCCCCACCGCUCUCAAGGUAGACGGCAUCGCGACCUGGGUCCAUCACACCCACGCUCAG